UUGGCUGAGUAUGGUAUUAAGUUACAAGAUUAUUUAAAAUUAUGUGAAGAUAAUAAACAAAUUCGAACAGAUACUAAUUAUGGUUUAUCUGAAUUAGCAGAAACAUUGUUUAAAAGUGAACGUUAUCAUGAAUAUGUAUCAUAUGAUGAAAAAACAGUAGUGAGACCAAAAGUAAUAUCAAUGUCAUGCAAUUCAUCUGAUACUACCGUACAUGUAUUUUCAACAAAUCAAGCAAAUCAUCUGAAGCGAAAACUAUUAGAUGAUAAAGCGAUUCCAUCUCCAAGUUCAGAACCCAAAAAAAAAAUAAGACAAUCAAGAAGAACAAGAAUAUAG